AUGAAUCGUGUGCUGGUGUUUUUUCUUCUCUUUGUGCUGAGCGUUGCUUGUGUGGGUGCUGUGGCUGGUGUGGAGGCUGCAGGGAAGGCUGAUCUUGGAGAUACUGCGACUCUUAAUGAAGGUCUUACUGCUCGUGGUCAAGAUAGUGGUGCUAAGGGUCAGCCUCAUGCUGGUGGUGGUGAAGAUGGGAGAACAGGAGAAGGACCCAUGCAAGAACUUGAAACUGAUCCUGCUCCCAAGGGCCCAGAAGGGGAUUUGAAAGGGCCUAAGGUGGAUCAGCCGCAGCAAAGGGGGGAAGAAGAAAUGAAUUCUGAGAGCCAUCAAGAAGGAAGAAACCUGCCUGAGGGUGGUAAUCACGCUGGGCAAACUCAGAAUCAUCAGGCACAAACUUCUGAUUCUGAACCAACUUCAUCUUCUUCUGGUUCUCCUUCUCCACCUGGUAGUCCUACUACAUCACGUACUGAUGAGACCUUAACUGUUGGUGACACAUCGCCCCAACAGAUACCAAGUGAUAAUCGUUCACAGGAUAACAGUGAUCAGAGAGAUACAGAACAAGGUGCCAACACACAGAACACAAACACAACAAGGCCAGAAAGGAAUGAUGGACAAACCUCUUCUACUUCAACAACUCAAAGUACAGGUGAUACUUCUUCCAGCAAUACACCCACAGAAGAAGCGCAGAAUAAUCAGGCUGAAAGUGACCCGAAUGCUGCAAAACCAGCAGAGAGUCAAUCAGCCAUUAACGAGGAAUCAACCACUACUACCACCACCACCACAACAACAACACUUCCUCCUGAACUCACAAACAACAAGAAGGGUGAUGCAGACAGCAGCAGCAGUAUGAGCAGUUCUGUGUGGGUGCGUGUACCACUACUGAUUGUGGUUACACUGGCCUGUAUUCUUGUGUGCUGA